GCAGAAGGACAUCGGAUCGUCUCGGGGAGCAAAGUGACAUUUGCCAAAGAACAGCGGACAACAGUGGAAAUUGGACCAUGGAAUGGAAGAGCGUGCUGACACGAAGCCAGUCACUACGUAGUGUCAACUCGUCGUAUGACAAGCCAGCCUAUAAGGAUGCCAGGAUUCUCAGUAGGACGGUUUCUGUGUCCAAAUUGGUUGAAAGAUAUCUAGCUACAACCAAAAAUACUGGUACCACUUCUAAAGAAAACGAUGUCAUAAAAGGGAAGCCAUCAAUUCAUGAGAAGAAAACAGCAGAACCUCCAAUUGUGAAUGGCCCAAAAUACAACACAAAACCUCAGCUGGAGUCUCCAAAGGCCAGAGAGGAGAAAUGGGAAGUCUCUUGGCCCAAAACCAGUUUGAGUCGCAGCAAGUCGACGGGGAGUCUCCAACUCAAUGUCAAUGUGUCCAUCGAGGCCUUAAAAGCAUGUUUUGAGUUGGGAAAUAAGGUGGAAAACACUUUUAGAGUGGAAACCGACGCAAAGCCUUCCAAAGAUGUCGAGCUAGUGACGCAUGGAGAGAUUAAAAUGUUAGCAAAGGAGCAGAAGGCUCCCAACGCUCCAGUGCAUCCCGGCAAGAGUGAUGCAAAGAAAGUGAAUGCUCCACAAAAGGUGGAGACGCAAACCCUUACAGAGAGAAAGAAAACAACUGGCAGUGUUGAAAGAACUGCAACUUCUGAAGCUAAUGAAAAAUGCAGGUCAGUCCCAGACUUCAGAGAAAACUCCGUUGUCCAAGAAAGUGAGAAACCGUGCGUCUCAGUCAAAGCUUUAUCUGCACUCUACUUGUCAAAAGUGGCAACGCAAGAAGAGAAACGGACAGUUUUAAAACCGGCACAAGAUAGCUCCUCUGAACCUGGGAGACACGUAAAACUAAUGAAGAUGGCUGAAAACAGCCAACUGAAGAACGAAGACCACCACCGGCUCAGACCAGAAGAUAACCUUGAGACACAGUCACAACAACUCUCACAAUUACCAACAGCCAAAGAAAGUCUACACCACCAGAGGCAGAAAUGUGAACUGAGAAGACUCCUGAAGCACACGCACCCGGAAUUGAAGAUGCUGGAUGAGGUUGUAGAUGAGGAACUUGCAGAGGUUUUGAGCUCAGAAUCAGAGGUGACAGCUGAUGAAACUGGAUACGAGGGAGAGGUCCGCUCCAGAUGCCUGAUAUUUGAGAGCUGUUCCCAGAGAGAUGAAGUAUCAGCUUUCACCCCCAGGAUGCAUAUGACUGAAGAAUUAAUUGAUAAAGGCAGUGUCGGUAAAACAUCAGCUGUUUUCGAGGAUCCAGGCGAGAAGCUUUAUCUUGACCAGACAGCGGCAACUUGUCCGGAUUCCAACAGAGAGUGUGAGGAGGAUGUUAAGAGAAUAAAUGUCCAUGAAACAAGAAGGAUAUUUGAGAGUCAGAGUGUGGAUACCUCCCAGCCAAAUUCAGAAAAGGUUGAAGUUUCAACUCCUAGUAUUUUGACUGGCUUGGUCCAAGAACAGGGGAGGGGGAAAAAUGACCAAAAUUUACAGCGCAAAGUCAAAGCCAACGAUGUCAAUUUGAAAGCACAACCCAAAGAAGGGUCAUGCAAUGCUGGUCAUAGCACAGAGAUGGAAAAUGAAAAACUACCCGGUCUGGAAGUUGAAGAACAACAUGCAGAAAGUAUAAAAACUAGAGCAUAUCUCAUGCAAAACAACCCAUUCAUAGCUGAAAACAUAGAACAUUCCAACAUUUAUAUGGAAAAGCCCAAAAUAAUACCAGAAGGUGAUUUCACCACCAAGGUCAAGAAUAGAACCCAUUUGUUUGAAUCAAUGCCGUUUGACAAAAUCAAACAACAGAAUAGGGACCAAGUUGAGACAAUGGUGGAGACGCUGAAGGAAUCUCUGACCUCUCUUGAUCGAUUUAAUGUCAUUCGUGCAGAUGGCGCAAUAAUCGAGGUGAACGAGACCAUGAGAGCUAAGAAGGCCAAGUACAAAUUAUCAGAGAGUGGAGCUACGAUAAAUUAUGAUGACGUUUCUGAGGGUAAUUUUCAAAACUUCAUACUCCAACUGCUACCACGAGCAAACCUAAAGCCUCAGGUCACUUACCUAAUGGAGGCUUGCAAUGGAAGCAUUAAGAGCACAUUAGUCAAUGUGCCAGUGCACCAACAUCAGUUCACUGGCACCCAGGACAUGGAAUGUAACACUGUUAAUGUGGUUCAACUUGUGGAGGAUAUUCUCAAUCAAGACAACUCUCUAAGGAAAGGAGUGAUCAUUCAGGAGGCUGAUGAGAAAUCUGCAGACAUCGUCAUUUAUUCGCUCUACAAGUACUCAGAUGAGCAAGACGUGCGGCGAUAUUGUCCUCAAGAGUAUUUUGCAGAGACGGAUGAAAGAAAAUCACCCUUAAUCUUUCCAGACAGUCCCUGUCAAGAAUCAGUCAACUGUGAAGUGACAAUGAAAGGGAAUGUGAAACUAUUUAGAAGUUGCAUUGAAAAGGGGGACCUGGAGUACCUGAAAACUCUUCAGGCAAAGUCAACAUGUGAAGAGCAGGAAGUUUCUCUUAAACAAACAACGGGACAAUGCAGAGAUAUUGAUCCUGAACAAAGAGGUGAUUUCGCAGAUGAGGGUACUCCAGAGUGGGUACCAGUGGAUAUAAAGAAACUGAGAAACAUGUUCUCUGAAAAUCAAAGACAAACACAAUCCAAUAACAUUGCCAAUAAAGAUUUUCCCGUUUCAACUACGAUCUCAAAGUCUCAAAAUGUAACCUUUGAGAACAUUCACUCAUCUCCAGUGAAUGAGGAUGUUUCUACUGAAAGAAAUGAAGAUAAACUUAUCCAGUGUGGUAGCCAAUCUCAAGCAUCAAUAAACCCCCUCAGGUUAGAGCAAUUUGAGACAAUGUGUGGAGACGAAGUUAUCCAGCCUGACUUCAUCAAGGUGACAGAUGAAAAUGAAAUAUCUAACCUUCAAACUGCUAUCAAUAGCCUCCAAAAAGCUACAAUGGAAGCACAAUCUUUACAUCAGUUAUCACAAGAAAAGCAGAAAUCCAAAUCAGUCGCUUCCACUGAGACACCAGAUAUCUCAGCACCUGAUAACUAUUCACAACUAAAACAAAAGGAACUGAACACAUCACCUCAAAACAGUAAAACACCUGAGGAACAAGGUUGGAGUACUAAUUCUGCACCACAUACUCAAAAUGAAAUAAAGUACCAUAACCAAAUUGUUCCAAAGGAAAUCCACACAGCGACAAGCCCCAUAAAUAUAUAUAGCAAAGACGAUGUCCAAGUACAGUACUUCCAAGCUACUGUGGUUUCUCCAGAUGGUCCAGAGACACAACAAAAGGAAGAGGAAACUGUCUUUCAGGGCAAUCUCAAAUCAGCAUUGGACUCCUUAGGGAGAUCAAACAUGAAUGUUACAAGAGGAGAUUUUAGAGCAGCCAUGUUAUACCGGCAGGCCUCAAAACCUCCAAACGAAAGGGCAAAAACUACAGCUGAACUUCCAAGUAGCAAAGUAAUCAAUCAAGAAAUUUGUGCUACGGCAUUCCCAACUCAACCAAGUCCAAGUAAUGUCACAGAUGAGAAAACAAGUGCAAAUGUUAAUCCAAUAAGUACUGUUACACAGAAAAAUAGAAAGCCUAUUGGACCCAAGCCCGCCAUCCCACCAAAACCUGAGCAUUUGAAGGUCAAACAGCAGAAUAACCAUUCAACAAAUGCAGAAAAACAUACAAAUGAUACAAAUACUGACAAACUAACUACAGAUAUAUCCAAAAUAAAAAUUGAUAAAGAAGCUGAACAUGAUCUAGAGAGUCAGAGAAAGUUGAGUAAUGAACUACAAAAGCCUCACGAAAAUGGCAAAACAGAACAAAGCCAAGGACCACAGACCACAUUGGAAACGUCUGACAGAGAUAAACAAAAGUUAGACUUACAAGACAGAACCCUGGAAAAUGUCUCACAGGAUAUCCUGGUCAUAAAGAAGACCACUGAGGGAGCAGAUUGCAAUGAGACAUGCAAAACAUUAGGGGGCACGAAUGAUCUUUCAAAAAUGAGACCACCUAUAAAGCCGAAAAGAGUGAAAAUAUCUCAACCUGACAACAAAAUGUCAGACAUUUCUACACAAGUAGAUGAAGAACCACAAUCCCCACUACUUAGUAGCUCUUGUAGUAGCCCAAGGAAACAAAAAGAUGACAACAAUGAGCAAGAAAUUAAGCAGGAAGGCAAAGUUGAGUUAAGGGCAAAGAGGGGAAAGCUGGAAACCGAGGAUGAACGCCGUCAGCGUCUGUCAGUCCACAUGGACGAGAUCAUACGGGGCAACAUCGGUGCAGCCAUGGAGAUUUUUGACAACUUGCGGAAGCAAGAGGAACUGCGGGGCAUCCUCGGUCGGGUCGAAGAGAUCGAACAGGACACCAGUAACGUUGACGUGAGGUCACUGAGAAAAGUAUUUGAAGAUGUCCCUGACUGGGUUGUCUCACCCAACAAAAAGAAACCUAAGCAGGCGAAAAACAAAGAAACAAAGACGCCAUCAUCAGCGAAAGGGAAUAAAUCCUCAAUGGCGCAUAUUUUUGGAGAUCUUGAAAGAGCCAGUGAAGAAAUUAUGACUCUUAAGGAACAAACUUUAGCCCGGCUUGUUGACAUUGAGGAAGCCAUAAAAAAGGCUCUGUGUUCUGUCUCUAAUUUAAAAUCUGAGUCUGAUAUUGCCAGUCUGUCAUGCCUGUUUGAAGAGUCAUUAGGAAGUGCGCAAGGUAACAUUAGCAAAAAGAUAAGCAUAGGAUCAAGCAAAACUGAAUCCCUGCAGGUGAAAGAAGGCACCACAGCGCCACCAUGUGGCCAGAAUGCAAGCGUUGCAAUAACCCCAAAGCCCAGAGAAGGUCUUCCUUGUUCACCCGCUUUUAUCUCUAUCCAGUCAGUUGCCAAAAAAUCUGAUAAACCACAGCCUCUGCCUCUAGAGGCCACAAUAUGCCCAUCUUGCCAGCACAGCCCAGAGAAAUUCUACUCAACCAAAAUGGUUCAAUGUAACAGCCCUGCUGUAAACAGAAAAGAGCCCACCGGCUACUUCCCACAACGAGAAAUCAGUGUACUGGAGGUGCAAACGGACAUGGACGGGAGUCGAAUCUUAGGCGCCAAGACAGUCAAAGGAAACUACGAGAGGUUGGACGCCCACGGCAAUAGGAUUUACUCGUCGACCACGUCCACCUUUGUUACCACUCAGCCUGAAACCAGAAUGACAUCGACCGAUGUGAUAGUGACCAGUCCAGCUUUGCAUCAGGUCACCACAUACCCAGAGAUUCUUUUGCCUGUCAACCCAAAUCCUUAAUUUUAUAACACUAUGCAUUUCAACUUGAUUUCCUACGAGUU